AUGUUUAUUUUUCUAUAUCGAGCGGAUAAAGUUGAUAUUAUUAUACGUAUAGAAAAAGAACGUUUACAUAGAUUAAAUAUGGAUGGAAAAGUUCAAGUUCUAUCAAUUCAAUCGGUAACAAAACAAAAAAUAAAUCGAAAUGCAGCAGCAAUUGAUUCACAAAAUAAUAGUUUAAAUGUUGGCGAUAUGAGUCGACAAGGACAAAUAAAACAUGUUUAUCGUCAUUUUGUUUUUAUAUUUUGUCAUACAUUAACUGAAAAUGGUGGUAUAUUUGUACUUUCAUCAAUUCCAUCAAAUCCAAUAAAUACUGUACCUAUGUCACCACUUCGUAUCACAUCACCAUCGCCACAUACAUCAUGA